AUCUGGGAUUUCCUCUUCUUCUCCCACUCACCCACCCACACGCACCCAAUCUCCCGCAUCACCAACAUCACGGGUCAGCACAAGAGAGGGUGGGCUCCCAGUCAUAUCAUCAUGGAGCCUGAGAUGAGAGAAGAGGAUCGGGUCUUUGAGAAUUUGCCAGUCGAAAUUCCACAACAUGAUAUAUUGGCCUUCCCUCGCCUGGUGGUGGGAGAAGGGAAGCUCGGCUACAUACGCAGAGGCCUUGAUUGUUUCUGCUGUUUGGAGUUUAUACCAACGGGAGAAGAAGUCCUCAAACUGCCGUGCGGCCACUGGUUUCACACCGAAUGCAUUUGUACCUGGGCAAUGACGGGUGCAAGCUGCCCUAACUGUCACCGGGAUUUUCGCGAGCCUCUGCUGGACUUUGUCCACCAACCUAGGGAACAAGAAGAGGAUGAUACCGCUUCAUCCGGCAGUCGGAUUGCUAUUAGCCCACAUGAAAGCCCCGCCCCCUACACGUCGCCGACAAGAACACAUCGCCCUCCAGAUCCCCCCCCCCCCAUGUCCUCCCGCGCGAGUACGACUAUCCGUGCCGGUCUAUCAGAACAUUUAGAGUCUGUACAUGAGGAGAACAGGCUCAUUAGGAGGAACAAAUUCUGAGCCUUCAAAUUCAAGGUCCAAUUACUGUUCGAGUCCCGGGGAGUAUCCGCAGAGGAAUUGGCUCAGCUACAGGCACUAUUCGAAGAGCAGGAAGAGAAUAUGCAGUCCGCACAGCAAAAGCAUUUACAGGACAUGAAAGAUACCUUCCAGAUGUUUGGAGUAUGAGUUUGUAUUGGGUCAUUUUUGACAAGUGUGUAUACGUUGCCUUCAACAGCUUGGGAAUUAGCUAGAUACAUCACCGACUGAAAGAAGUCUGCCAUAUCCGUCUGUAGGAAGAAGACAUCGCAGACAUAGGUAAUGAACGAAGACAGACGCCUAUUUAAAAGCUCAUCCCUACGCCACAUUUGAUAGCGCUCGCCAUGUCCUCGGUGUGAUUGUGAUGAUUCAUU